AUGGAACUUUUCAACUCUGCUCUGGGGAAAAACAUCACCUUUGUCCGCCCUGCGUAUUUCAUAAUCAGCGGCUUCAUCGCAGUGCCCAAUGUCAAGUAUUACUAUGUCUUUCUGUUCUUUGUAUAUUUUGUUUCGGUGCUGGGGAACGCGUCCGUGAUGGCCGUGAUACGCCUGGAUCGCAAGCUGUGGACGCCCAGAUACGUGGCGGUUUUCAACCUGGCCCUGGUGGACCUGUUGGGCAGCUCUGCCCUGGUGCCGAAGGUCCUCCACAUGUUCCUGUUUGACCACCGCCACAUCCCCUACAACGACUGCCUGACGUUCCUUUUCUUCUGCUACGUGUUUCUGUCAAUGCAGGCUCUCAACCUGGUCGCGCUCUCCUACGACAGACUCAUCGCCAUCAUCUUCCCGCUGCACUAUCAAGUGAGGGUGACUCGCCGGCUCAUGUCGUCCUUGAUCGGUUCGUUCUGGCUCUUUGCCGCUGCCGGGACGCUCACCGCCGUCGGCCUCCUCACCAGACUUUCCUUCUGUCGCUCCGUGGUCGUCAACAGCUACUUCUGUGACCACGGCCAGAUGUAUAGGCUGGCCUGCAACGACAACACACCCAAUGUGGUCGUAGGUCAUUUGUUACCACUUGCUGUUCUUUGGCUGCCGCUGAGCUUCAUCCUGUUGACUUACGUGUGCAUUGGCUUCACUUUGACCAAAGUGGCCACAGUUCAAGAACGAGCGAAGGCCUUCAAAACCUGCAUGGCUCAUCUGUCUCUGGUGGCCAUCUACUUCCUCCCGAUAUUGAUCACAUUCUCCUCGAGAGUUUCUCCAAACGCCAGGAUCAUCAACCUGUCCCUGACCUCUGUCUUACCUCCCAUGUUGAACCCAAUCAUCUACGUUCUGCAGACGCAAGAAAUCAAACAAUCCGUGACGUCUCUGCUGAGAAUCAGAAAGCGAUCCCAAGUGACAGUGAAGAAGGUGAUGGUGAAAUGACCGCCGCUGUUUGUUGUGUGCUGUGUGUUUGGGCCCCUAUGUUAAAUGCAGUAGAAUUUGGUGGAAUAAAAUCAAUCACGCACCAGAUAAGGAGCAAACUAAAUACUUAAACAACAAUGCGCAAAUGUUUUGACAUGAAUUUAUUCCAAAUUAUAAUUAUUAACCUCAAAAUCAAGUUACAUUUUAAAAAGAACGAGUGAACUGAAUGCAUUUGAAGAGGAAUGAUUUUUUUUUUUAUUAGAUUAGAAGUGGGCAUUCUCACACCGGGAAUCGAACCUGGGUGAGAACCAGGAAUCCUAACCGCUAGACCAUACGGGACUUUAUCUUACUGUCAUCUUUGUGAACCAUCUACAGGAAGUGCAGAUUCCGCAGGGCUCAGCUUCUCUUUUUCUGAUCCUACUCUUUGCAGGAACUGUAAUAUUUUCUAAGAGGAACAAAGCAAAUGUAUCCGGAGUAACUCUUUUACUCUCAUCAUCAUCUUCAAUCACAGUCAAUUUUGGGCAAUUUUUUUUUUUGCCAGUCUCAAGGUUCUGUGUGUAGCAAAGCUCCUGUCAGUGAUGGACAAUGACCCCCACCGCACGCAGGACACUGUCUCUGCACUGAACAGCUCCGUCAGCGACCGGCUCCUUCGCCCUACGUGUGUGAAGGAGCGGUACCGCAGGUCCUUCCUUCACACACACUGCACAACCAGCACUGCUCUCAAUAGGACUCACACAAACACACACAGGACUCAACCACUGUAAAAUAACUCACCGAUACACUUGCAAUAACUUACUGUGCAAUAUUUAUACUUUAUAUUUUUUAAUAUUCCAUGUGCAACUAUAUGCUACUGCUUUUAAUAUAGUAUUGAU